UUGGAGGAACUGUCGCUCGAAUCCCGCUGCGAUGUCCCUGCUGUGUGUCAGAGUAAAGAAAGCCAAACUCCACGGGCCUGCAGACAAGUUCAACGCCUAUGUGACUUUAAAGGUGCAGAAUGUGAAGAGUACGACCAUCACAGUCCGUGGCGACCAGCCAUGUUGGGAACAAGACUUCAUGUUUGAGAUCAGCCACCUUGAGUCAGGUCUUGUGGUGGAGCUGUGGAACAAAGGCUUGAUCUGGGACACUAUGAUCGGCACAGCACUGAUACCCCUGGACACCAUUCGACAGUCUGAUGAGGAGGGACCAGGAGAGUGGACGUCUCUGGACUCUGAGGUGUUAAUGAGAGAGGAUGAGAUCUGUGGUACCACCAACCCCACUCCACACCAAGUGCUGCUCGACACCCGCUUUGAGCUACCCUUUGAUAUUCCAGACGACGAGGCUCAGUACUGGACCAGUAAACUGGAGCGGAUCAACACCAUGCGGAUACACGAUGAGUAUGCACUGCGGGAAGAGGUCCAGAGAAGACGAAUGUCAUCUGCGCCCUCUCAGUGCUGCGGCUGGAGUUAUUUGGGAUGGAGUGACCAGCAGACUUUUGAUGACCAUGAUAGUGCAAUGGAUGAUCGUGACAGUGACUACCGCAGUGAGACUGGCAACAGACCUCCACGGUUCCACAACACAUCCCAGACAAAUUCGUCAGUGCACCAAUAUCCUAUAGGACGCAGGGUCCAACACCAAACCUUGUCCAGAGAGUCUGACUCUAUACGAAGCUAUGAGCUAGACUAUAAAGAAAUGAGGGGACCCAGUCCACCAGACAGUAGUCGGUUUGAUUCAUCAGGCAACCUCAGUCCCUCCAGCUCCCAGCUUAGUUUCGAGCCAGAGGAACGCCAUGAUCCAGAGUCGUGCCUCCCCAGUGGCCCUCAUCCCCCUCUCCAUAGCCAGGUAUCUACAUGGGACGAGGAGGAAGAAGAGGAGGAAGAGGUAGAGAAAAAGCUGCAUCCACUACCAGAGCCUGGCUGCAACAAAGAUUUGAAGGACUCUUUGGUCAUCCGGCCCAAACUAGUUUUUGGCAACCAUGAUAACAAGACUCAGACUAAAAUAUGUUUCUUUGAAGAUGGCCCUCCACCCUGCUCUCCGUCUAGAGUUCGCUGGUUGAAAGCAUACAACAAAGUGAGAGUACAGCUCCUCGAGAGCAGAGAUCGAGACGGCGACCCCAGUAAGCAGGCGUGGGCCAAGCCGGGAGGAAACACACCAUUUGGCAUCGACAGCAUGCCAGACCUCCGCAAGAGGAGGCCCAUUCCUCUUGUUAGUGAACUGGCUAUGUCUAUGAUACAGUCCAGGAAGGCUGGACUCGCCCAUACACUGGCCACACGGACCUCCCUGAAAGAUGAAGAGCUUAAAACCCAUGUGUACAAGAAAACCCUGCAGGCUCUGAUCUACCCCAUCUCCUGCACCACGCCCCAUAACUUUGAGGUAUGGACGGCCACCACUCCAACCUACUGCUAUGAGUGUGAAGGUCUGCUGUGGGGCAUCGCUCGGCAGGGUAUGCGCUGUGCCGAGUGUGGGGUCAAAGUGCAUGAGAAAUGCCAAGAGCUGCUGAAUGCUGACUGCCUGCAGAGAGCAGCUGAGAAGAGCUCCAAGACAGGGGCUGAGGAUCGGACACAACACAUCAUCAUGGCUAUGAAGGACAGGAUGAAGAUCCGUGAGAGGAACAAGCCGGAGAUCUUUGAGGAGAUCCAGAAGGUGUUUAACAUCUCCAAGAUGAUCCACACCCAGCACAUGAAAAACAUAAAGCAGAGCGUCCUGGACGGCACCUCCAAGUGGUCGGCCAAGAUCACCAUCAACAUCGUCAGUGCACAGGGUCUCCAGGCCAAGGACCGGACAGGCUCCAGUGACCCGUAUGUCACCAUCCAAGUUGGCAAAACCAAGAAGAGAACAAAGACCAUCUAUGGCAACCUGAACCCAGUCUGGGAGGAAAAGUUUAGCUUCGAGUGCCACAACUCGUCAGAUCGCAUCAAGCUGCGUGUCUGGGACGAAGAUGAUGACAUCAAGUCGCGAGUGAAGCAGCGUCUGAAGAGGGAGUCUGAUGAUUUCCUGGGUCAGAGCAUCAUCGAGGUCCGAACACUGAGCGGAGAAAUGGAUGUGUGGUACAACCUAGAGAAAAGAACAGACAAGUCGGCGGUGUCUGGUGCCAUCCGUCUCCAGAUCAGUGUGGAGAUUGAGGGAGAGGAAAAAGUGGCACCCUACCAUGUCCAGUACACGUGCCUUCAUGAGAAUAUGUUUCACUACUUGACGGAUGUGGAAGGUGGAGGCAUGGUGAAGAUCCCAGCAGCUCAGGGAGACGACGCAUGGAAGGUUUACUUUGAUGAAGUGCAACAGGAAAUCAUGGAUGAGUUUGCAAUGCGCUACGGCAUCGAGUCUAUAUACCAGGCCAUGACCCAUUUCUCCUGCCUGUCCUCAAAGUACAUGCUGUCAGGGGUGCCGGCAGUGAUGAGCACCCUGCUGGCCAACAUCAAUGCCUUCUACGCCCACCCUACCGCCUCCACCAAUGUCUCCGCUCCGGCCAGAUUUGCAGCCUCCAACUUCGGGAGAGAUCGUUUUGUGAAGCUUCUGGAUCAGCUGCACAACUCGCUGCGUAUCGACCUCUCCAUGUACAGAAACAACUUCCCAGUCAGUAGCAAGGCUCGUCUUCAUGACCUCAAGUCCACAGUGGAUCUUCUCACCAGCAUCACCUUCUUCAGGAUGAAGGUCUUGGAGCUGCAGAGUCCCCCCAGAGCCGCUAACGUGGUGCGAGACUGCGCCAAGGCCUGUCUGAACUCAACCUACGAGUACAUCUUCAACAACUGUCAGGAGCUCUUCAACCACCAGUUCCAGCCUGCAGUCCAACUGCCCAAGCCAGAAAAGAAGAAGGAAAAAGUGGCAGGAGAGGAGGAAGAGGAUGAGGAGGAGGAUGAAGAGGAAGAGAAGAAAGAGGAGAGCCAGCUAGAGGAGCAGGGCCCAAGCAUCCAGAAUCUGGACUUUUGGCCCAAACUCAUCACGCUCAUUGUUUCAAUCAUUGAGGAGGACAAGAACUCGUACACACCCGUCAUUAACCAGUUUCCUCAGGAACUGAAUGUGGGUAAAGUCAGCGCUGAGGUCAUGUGGACGCUGUUCGCCCAGGACAUGAAAUAUGCCCUGGAGGAACAUGAGAAACAUAAGCUGUGUAAGUCUGCCGACUACAUGAACCUGCACUUCAAGGUCAAGUGGCUUUACAACGAGUAUGUUAAGGACCUGCCUGCCUUCGCUGACACUGUGCCUGAGUACCCUGCGUGGUUCCUCCAGUUUGUUCUGGCCUGGCUGGCCGAGAACGAGGAAGUGUCGAUGGAGUUCAUGCAUGGAGCAUUGGAGAGAGACAAGAGAGAGGGGUUCCAGCAGACGUCUGAGCACGCUCUGUUCUCCACCUCUGUGGUGGACAUCUUCACUCAGCUCAACCAGAGCUUUGAGAUCAUCAAGAAGCUGGACUGCCCUGACCCCUCUGUGGUGGCCCACUAUAACCGCCGCUUCGCCAAGACGAUCACCAAAGUCCUGCUGCAGUACUGUGCCCUGCUGGCCAAGAGCUUCCCUUCCUACUGUGACAAGGAGAAGAUACCCUGUGUGCUGAUGAACAACAUCCAGCAGAUGAGGGUCCUGUUGGAGAAGAUGUUCGAGUCGAUGGGAGCAAAGCAGACUGAAGUCACAGCUGCCACAGAGAAGUUGGAUGCAGAGGCAGCUGACAUCCUCAACGAGCUGCAGGUGAAGCUCAGCACCUUCCUGGACAACUUCAGCACCUUAUUUGCCAAGAGUUUCCAGACUCGCAUCAACGGCUGCAUGCGUCAGGUGGCUGAGAUCCUCUACCAGAUCAAAGGCCCCCCCAACCAUGGCACUGCAGAGGCUGACGCUGACGCCAUGCUGAGGCCCCUCAUGGAGUUUCUGGAUGGGAAUCUCAGCAUUUUUGCUGACAUCUGUGAGAAGACGGUGCUGAAGAGGAUCCUGAAGGAUCUGUGGAAGAUCGUCCUGAGCAGCCUGGAGAAGACCAUCGUCCUGCCUCAGAGCAACGACAGCCUGAGCACCCAGCUCCUCACAGCAGCUAAAGGACUCUCUAACCUCAAGGGAGGAGGUGAAGCCAAAACCCUGACGCCCAAACAGUGUACAAUUAUCGAUGCAGGGCUGGAGACAAUAAAGCAAUACUUCCAUGCAGGAGGAAAUGGGCUGAAGAAGGCAUUUGUUGAGAAAAGUCCUGAACUGGCUUCACUGCGUUACGCCCUCUCCCUCUACUCCCAGAGCACAGACGCUCUCAUCAAGACAUUUGUCACCACACAACACUGCCAAGUGCAUGAUGGGAUUGGCAUCAGAAUCACUGGCAACGAGAAAAUUGGCCCUGACCGAGGUUCAGGGUUAGAGAAGCCAAUCGGAGAGGCCGUGCUGCAGAUCGACAUGCUGCUCGGGAAAGAACGCAAAGUCAGCGUCAGAGUCAUCGCAGUGAACGACAUGAAAUGGCAAACAUCAGGGAUGUUCCGGCCCUUUGUUGAAGUCUCCAUGGUCGGUCCGUUCCUGGCUGACAAGAAACGCAAGUUCACCACAAAAUCAAAGAACAACAGCUGGACGGCAAAGUUCAAUGAGGCUUUCCAGUUUGUCGUGGGUAAGGAAUCCGCAGACUGCUACGAGCUCCAGGUGACUGUGAAGGAUUACUGUUUCGGCCGGGCGGACCGGGUGGUCGGUGUGUCCGUAGUUCAGCUGCGUGAUGUCGCCGACCUCAAGAGCUGCGUGUGCUGGUGUCCGCUUGGGCCACGCAUUCACAUUGACAAGACGGGCAUGACUGUGAUGCGUAUCCUGUCCCAGCGGCCUGCUGAUGAGGUGGCCAAGGAGUUUGUCAAGCUGAAAUCUGAAACUCGUCCUGUAGAGGAGGGCAGAUGAACAAAGCCACUAACUCAGUGUUUGAAAUGGUUAAAAAAAGACAUGGAUCAAGGUCACAUUUUAGAGCCAGGGCUUCAUCUGUUCAGGGUUUGUUGUUCCUGAGCACUGCCCUCUCCAUCCUCAGAAAACUCAGACCAUUAAAGCUUCUGCUGAUAAUGUUAAACAAGGAAGAGAUCCUUCAAAAGACACAGCAGACACAAGCAAGCUGACUUGUCAUAAUUAUGGCAAGAAAGAAAUGGAAGCAGAUACUCUCUCAAAUGUUAAAAGAAGAACAUUUAACCAGAAUCUGCUUUAGAGCUGCAGAGAUUAAUUGAUUAAUCAGUUAGUUGUUGGGCAGAAAAAGAACAAAAAUAAAACAGCCUGUGGUCUGUUUUAAAAGAAUCAUAGUUUGCUCAUUUUUAUUCAACUGAUGAUAGAAUUAAAUGCAGCACUAACUGGCCACAUCACAUGUAACAUCCUUUUAUUCACGCCAACUCACACACAUACCACCAGAUGCAUCGCAAAGAAAGAAGAAGUCAGGAUACAGUAUCCUGGACAUGCAAAUUUCAAAAAGGGAAUGUUUUCUUGGAACAAUGACAUAUGUCUACGCUGGGAAAUACCACAGAACAGUGGAAUAUUCUGAUGCCUCCAACCAAGAAGACGCGUCAAGAUGAUGAAUGUUUUUCGCAGAUUAAACAUAUAAAACCUUGAAAAGAAGCAAAGGAUUUAAAUGUGUAGUCGGUUCUUGCCUUAAAAAGUCAAAUAACUAACAUAGCUGGCUCAGUGGGAUUAGAGAGACUUAAGUCAUGGCUGGGCUCUACAACACUGACUUGUAGAGUAAAAAGGCUUUUUUUCAGAUGCGAAGGAUUAUGAGUGUGGUAAUUUAAAGUAUCUGACCACUGGACUGUGGCCUGUUGAACAAAGUGCAGUUUCUCUGUACAGUGAAGAACCGCAGUUUCAGAGGUUUAGAAUGUACCUUUUCUGUUUUUGCCAAGAAUUAAACUGUGACUGUGAAGACUGUUUACCUGUAGACCUGCUCUGAAUGGAAACAACCAAAAGAAUGUGUUUUUAGCGAUGAAAUAGUUUGGGCACCGUUAUGUGGGACCAGAAAUGUCUGCUUUUAUAGAUUUAAACUGUAAAAGAACAAACAUCUUUGAUGGAAUUGAUGCCACAGCCUCUGACAUGCAUGCACGGCCGCAUACCAGUCAUACUUUCUGAAUAUUUGAUUGGUCUUUUGCAUCAGGCACACCACAAACCUGGACUGACUGAAAAUCAAACAUACAAGCAGGUUUUGAUCCACACUCUUGUCUGUUUACUACGUGCCAAGGAACACAAGUGUUCAGUAAGCCAUGUUCAGCAAACUCUCUUCAUGUAUUUUGGGUUUUAUGGACAGAUAUGGUCAUUGUAGACUGUCCCAGAUUUACAGUAACUGCACAUUUGUCUAAACUGCACUUUGACUAGAAAUUCAAGCGGAUGCAUUUCAUAGUAUUAAGAUAAGAAAUUCUGCUACGCUGGUACCAGAUGAGAAGGUCUGGUAAAGUUCUAUUCCUGGUACAAAGGUUUGUCUGCAGUGUGGUUUAAGUGCAUGAACGGGGACCUUUUACAAUGGCCACAUCUGUAGUGACUACUGAACUCUUGCACUCUGUUUAAAACUAAGUGUACGUAUGUAAAAAUAAAUAAAUAAAUAAUAAACCAGGGCAUGUAUUUAUUGUAUACAAAGUCAACUAGAAAUGUGACCUUUUUC